GAGUCGGUUGGUGUGACACUUGGGGCCUUGAAUGAAGGCCCUCACAGCGAAAUGCGACGGUUCUCACCGCAUCACAAGAUUGAAAACAUCCACGGAUGCAUGCAGGUCACACACGACGGUCUCAAUCGCAUUGCCCACACGCACACAGACAACACACCACAUGCAGCAGGCAGCCAGGCGGCCAGCCCAAACAGGCUGUGUCCGUCUGUCUGUCUGGCUGCCCCACCCAUGAGCGGUUCGGCUGCUCACAUGAGGGAUCCCUGCUUCUGCAGACGCUUCUCGCGGUCCUCCUUGAUGCUGACAGACAGACCACACACACACACACACACACACAGAGACAGAGAGAGAUGCCUGCUGCCCAGUGUGUGUGUGCGCUGCCGUGAUGCGCACCUGAGUCUGAUUCCCUUGUCCUUUGGCAGAGUGCACCAGGGCUUGGUGCCCUUGCCGAUGCAGAACACAUUCGCCAGGCGAGUGGCGAACUGGUGGCCCUUGGCAUCCUAUCAUAUCACAACCACACACACAGAGAUUGACAGUGUGCAGUCUACGACGUGCGUGUGCGUGAUGUGUUUCGGAGGCCACUCACCUUGACUUUGACAAUUUCGUAAGCGCCCGGGUGCUUCUCUCGCGAGACGAUGGUGCCGACACGGCCGAUGUUGUGGCCGCCGGUGCACAUGCACACGUUGCCGACCUCAAACUUGAUGAAGUCCAACACCUACACGCACAUUCGUGUCAAUGAAGGCGGCUCACAAGCCAGCUGUGUGUGUGUGCAUGUUUGUGUGUGGUGACUGACCCCCUUGCCCUCGGGUGAGAUGUCGAUGUGCAGGGUGUCGUGGACUUUGACGUCGGGAUGCACAUAGCGGAUCGUGCGGCCGUCGUGAGUCGUUGCGCAGGGCACACCAUUGGGGCCGAGAUAGACCUUGACCACACGGCAGAGCUUCUUCUGCACACACAAAAACCAAAACCACACCGCACACACACACACACACGAGAGAUGAGAUGAGGGCCAUCCACUCAGCACUGUCUGUGUCUGUGUGUGGCGUACGGCGGCCUCGCUGGGUGAGACGCUGACGCAUCGGUAACGGCCCUUGGGGUCGAGCAUCAUCUUGAAGUUCUGCUUGGUCUUGUCGAUCGUCACAGUGUCUGCGUAUCACGUGACACACAUACAUCGUGACACACACGCACAGACAUGGAGCGUUGAAGGAUCCGGGGGUGUGUGUGGUGAUUGAUCUCACCUUGGAAGCCGACAGGGAAUCCCAUGUCUGUCCUGACUUUGCCGUCCACCUUGAUGGCCCGCUGCAUACAAAUGUACUUGGCCUCGGAAUACGUCAACGCAUACCUAACACACAUCACACACACACACACAGCAUGCCAGCAUGAUGGACGCCCCUCGUGUGUGUGUGAUGCCGUCCCUCCAUUCGUACUUGAGUUUGUUUCUGAGGAGGAUGAUGAGCGGCAAACACUCGCGCAGCUUGUGGGGACCCGUCGACGGACGCGGAGCCUACACAUCCAACACACACACACACACGCAGAGCCAUCCAGCGCACCGUCACCCCUCCCCUCCCUCUGUCUGCUUGUGUGUGUCGGGCUGCUCACGUAGACUCCAGUCAUUUUGUCGAGCAUCCAGUGGUAUGGCGAAGCCACACGCUUCAUGUGCUUCUUCGGACCACGAGCCUACACCACACACAAACCACACAGACAGGCAGCGAGCCGGUGGGGCACAGACACAAGCAGGAACACGCAGAUCUCUGUUUGUGAAGCACCCACACGCACUCCCACACCUCUGAUCUACCCCCUCUCUGCUUUGCCUGCCCCUCCGGCCAUCCCUCCGCAGACACGCAGCACCUCUCUGUCUGCCCGGAUUUUCUCUCCACCCACACGUCACAUCAGCUUACCAUGGUUGCGAAGAGGC